AUGUGCCAUCGCAACCAGGAACUUGCCAUGGUCAGUAGCACACACUAUGUUUGCCACCGCAAUAGAAACAAGUGUCGGCACUGGGACGUCUCUUUGGGACCUGAUCUGCCGUUUGUGAAUGUGCUGGACGCGCAACUUGCGAAUGGAACCCCCACAAGACGGCCCUGUGCAGCCAUCAUACUCAUUCGUGCCACAGUCUUCCCCACGAUGAUAGGUCCGAAGUCAAGCACAAUCGCCUCUGCAUGCAGCGGGCGACCCCAGUUGAAGCUCGGCAGCUGUUCCCGACUUUCUUCUGUCAGGGUUCUCGAUCUACGCCAGGGCACCCGAUCCACGCUGCGUUAUGGCUGCGGGUUGUUGGCUAGCUAG